CAAUUGUUGACUGUAUGUUGACAUUGUUCAGAAAGUGGCCAGCGAGGCUCAAAGGCUGGAGAGGUCAGAUAGCAGUUGAAGUUGCAACUUCAGGGAAAGAAGGCUGAAAUCCUGGUUCUACCAUUACUUGCCAAGUACCUUCGGCAAAUCACCUCUCUAAAAAACCUGUUUUCUUGAAAUACCAACUACGUUUAAUGGUGGUUGUGAGGGUUAAAUAAAGCAAUCCAUGGGUAGCACUCAGCUAGUUCUAAGAGCAUAUGGUACACAGUCUGUUAAAAAUUAUUACCUGAAGGAAAUGGAGCAGAACAAGGAACUUAAAAGAUUGCAUAAGGACUUAAUAUUUGCAUAUUUGCAGUGCUGCCCUCUCUGCAUUUUGGUAGAGAAUGCAUGGGUCAAAGGAAACAAUGGCUAGAAAACUAUAUACAUCAUGUGCCAGUGUGGGUGAAGAGUUAAAGGUAGACCUUUCUUCAGUCUGCUGACCACCGCACGGGGAUACUCUCUCCUGAAGCCAUGCAACUGACAUUUGGUGCACGGUCUGUUCAGGAUCAAGUGGCCUUGGAGAUUUCCUGACCUCUUACCUUCCUGCACCACGGCACCUACACCGUUAUAACUGCUCUCUCAAAAAUUGGAAAUAAGAGCUGUCUAUAAGUAACCAAGUCAGAGGAUUAUAUGACUUUUAUCUGCCUAGAGAAGAACUAUGGAUCUACAACAUGGAGACUGGAAGAUGGAAAAAAAUGAACACUGAAGGUGAUGUUCCUCCUUCCAUGUCAGGAAGCUGUGCCGUGUGUGUAGACAGGAUGCUGUACUUGUUCGGAGGACACCACUCACGAGGCAAUACGAAUAAGUUCUACAUGCUGGAUUUAAGGUCUACAGACAGAGUAUUACAGUGGGAAAGAAUUGAUUGCCAAGGAAUUCCUCCGUCAUCAAAGGAUAAACUUGGUGUCUGGGUAUAUAAAAACAGGUUAAUAUUUUUUGGAGGGUAUGGAUAUUUACCUGAAGAUAAAGUAUUGGGAACUUUUGAAUUUGAUGAAACAUCUUUUUGGAAUUCAAGUCACCCAAGAGGAUGGAAUGAUCAUGUACAUAUUUUAGACACUGAAACAUUUAUCUGGAGUCAGCCUAUAACUACUGGUAAAGCACCUUCACCUCGCGCUGCCCAUGCCUGUGCAACAGUUGGAAACAAGGGCUUUGUGUUUGGAGGCAGAUAUCGGGAUGCUAGAAUGAAUGAUCUUCACUAUCUUAAUCUGGAUACAUGGGAGUGGAAUGAAUUAAUUCCACAAGGCAUGUGCCCAGUUGGCCGAUCUUGGCACUCACUGACACCAGUUUCUUCAGAUCAUCUCUUUCUCUUUGGAGGAUUUACCACUGAUAAACAGCCACUAAGUGAUGCCUGGACUUACUGCAUCAGUAAAAAUGAAUGGCUACAGUUUAAUCAUCCCUACACUGACAAACCAAGAUUAUGGCAUACAGCUUGUGCCAGUGACGAAGGAGAAGUAAUUGUUUUUGGUGGGUGUGCCAAUAACCUUCUUGUCCAUCACAGAGCGGCACACAGUAAUGAAGUACUCAUAUUUUCAGUUCAACCAAAAUCUCUUGUAAGGCUAAGCUUAGAAGCAGUCAUUUGCUUUAAAGAAAUGUUAGCCAACUCGUGGAACUGCCUUCCAAAACACUUACUUCACAGUGUUCAUCAGAGGUUUGGUAGUAAUAACACUUCUGGGUCUUAGGUUUCAUAGAUCAUGCCUCUGAUCACCUUGCAUGGACAGCAAUUCUGUGAACAUCAAAGAGUGGCAUCAUUUGUAUAGUUACAUGCAUUGUGUAGCUUUGCAGCUUUUUGGUUUUAAUGUGCAUGUGAAUGGCCUAGAGAACCUAUUUUUGUGUCCAAAGUUUACAAUAAAUGUAUUUAACACCA